CCCACCAUCAAGCACUCCGCGGUCAACACAGCCCUUUCACACGAUCAGAUCGCCCGAGAAACUUCACCAUAGAGACUCCAAGAAUCCAACCAACAUGCACCCUUCUUGCCCAAAGUGCGGAACCAGCGUCUCUGGUGGAAAGACAUGCGGUUCUUGCGGCGCGAGCUGCCCAGUCUAAAAUAAUGUGACUGCACAAGCGAUCGAUGUGGGGAGGGGAGUGAGGAGUUGGGGAAUUGAUGAGGCGACGAGUUGACGAUGCCAUACGAUGACGAGAUACGAAAUACAAUUGGAGCAGCGACAGAAGACGAGGGGGGAAGUGCUACCCGGAGAGAAGACCGAGAAUGUUGCAAUUACGUAGACUGGAACUUUGAUGGAGUUGCAUCAGGCUGAUACGCAUAGGCUUCGGCGACACUACUGGCGCGAGAAACAUGUCACAUUCGUUUUGUGUCAUUCGUUUAGACGGCUUUGUCGUAGAAAUCAUAACGUCCGCCUCACUUCCUCGUUCAAUUCCUGCAGCAGGUCAUGGAUGUAU